AUGCUACCGAGUAAUACAUUCACUAGAUUGACGGAACGUGGACCCUUCUGGCCGGCGAGAGUGGAAGCCGUAGUAAAUUCGGUUCGGUAUGGAACUCAACUCACGGAAGAUCAACGGGACAAGGCACGGACACUAAUAGCGGAAUUCGCGGAUGUCUUUGCAUUAUCAGUGCGAGAGGUAAAGCCAGUAGACUUUAUCAAGUUUCAUUUACAGAUCCCACCGGGUACAACCUUCACCAAGAAGAUACAGCAGAGACCUCUGACAAAGCCACAACGCGAAUAUCUGUUCCCAGUACUGGAAGAUAUGCGAGACGCAGGAAUAACACGAUUCAUCAAAUUGGACGAGGUCAAGGCUGUCGCAUCAACGGUUUUGGUACAGAAAGCACAC